AUGUUUUCCUUUUCUUUCUUUCUUUCUUUCUUCUCAAAAAUUAAAAUGGCCUCUUUCUUUUUUUUCUUUCUUUCAUUCUUUCUUUUUUCCACAUAUCUUUCAUUUUUUCUUUCUUUCUUUCUUUCUUUCUUUCUUCUUUUCCUUCUUUCUUUCUUUUUUUCUUUCACCUUAUUUUUUUUUUUCUUUCAAUUCUUUCUUUUAUUUCUUUCUUUUUUCUUCUCCAUUUUCCUUUUCUUUCUUUCUUUUUCAUUUCUUCUCCAUUUUUUUUUUAUCUUUCUUUUUCCUUUCUUUAUUUUCUUUCCUUUCCCAUUUCCUUCUUUCUUUCUUUCUUUCUUUCUUUCUUUUCAUUUUCCUUUUUAUUUCCUUUCUUUCUUUUCUUUCUUUCUUUCUUCUCCAUUUCCUCUUUUUUUCUUUCUUUCUUUCUUCUCCAUUUUUCACAUAUCUUUCACAUUUCCUUUCUUUUCUUUCUUUCUUUCUUUCUUCUCCAUUUUCCUCUUUCUUUCUUUCUUUCUUUCUUCUCCAUUUUUCACAUAUCUUUCACAUUUCCUUUCUUUCUUUCUUUCUUUCUUUCUUCUUUUUUUCUUUCUUUCUUUCUUUCUUCUCCAUUUUUCACAUAUCAUUCACAUUUCCUUUCUUUCUUUCUUUCUUUCUUUCUUCUCCAUUUUCCUCUUUCUUUCUUUCUUUCUUUCUUUCUUCUCCAUUUUUCUUUUCUUUCUUUUCCUUUUCUUCUCUUUCUUUCUUCUUCAUUUUCCUCUUUUCUUUUCUUUCUUUCUUUCUUCUCCAUUUUUUUCAUCAUUUCAUUCUUUCUUUUUUUUUUUCUUUCUUUCUUUUCUUUCUUUCCAUUUUCUCUUUCUUUCUUUCUUUCUUCUCCAUUUUUUUUUAUUUUUUUUUUUUCCUUUCUUUCUUUUCUUUCUUUCUUCUCCAUUUUCCUUUCUUUUUUUUCUUUCUUUCUUUCUUCUCCAUUUUCAAUCAUUUCUUUUUUUUUCUUUUUUUCUUUCUUUCUUUCUUCUCCAUUUUUCUCUUUCUUUCUUUCUUUUUUCUUCUUUUUUUCUUUUCAUUUUUUUCUUUCUUUCUUUCUUUCUUCUCCAUUUUUUCUCUUUUCUUUCUUUCUUUUUUUUUCUCCAUUUUUCAUUCAUUCAAAUUUCCUUUCUUUUCUUUUCUUUCUUUCUUUUUUCUUUCUUUUUCCUCUUUUCUUUCUUUUUUUCUUUCUUUCUUCAUUUUUCUUUCUUUCCACAUUUCCUUUCUUUUCUUUCUUUCUUUCUUUCUUUCUUUUCCAUUUUCUUUUCUUUUCUUUUUCUAUUUUUUUUUUCAUUCUUUGCAAUUAAUAUCUCUUUCCCUGUUUUCUAUUAUCUUUUCUUUCAUUUUUCCUUUUCUUUUUUCUUUCUUUUUUUCUUCAAACUUUUCACGAUAUACAUUUCUUCUUUCUUCUUCUUCUUCUUCCCCUCCUCCGCCUUCUUCUUCUUCUUCUUCUUCUUCUUCUUCUUCUUCUUCUUCUUCUUCUUCUUCCUCUUCCCUCUUCUUCUUCUUCUUCUUCUUCUUCUUCUUCUUCUUCUUCUUCUUCUUCUUCUUUCACUCAUACUUCUCUUAUUCUCAUUCUCUCCCUGGCAUCUUUUACUAUCUUUAUCUUUAAUGUCCUCCUUAUUUCUUUCUGAAAUUUUUUAUUUGUAA